AUGAGAGCCUUUCGAGCGUGCCCAUGGCAUGCGGCGCUGCGUGCCCAGGGCCAGAGCGACUUUUCGCUGAGAGGCCUGGCAGGGCUUGCCGCGGCCUCCGCGACUGCCGCGCUCCUUGCGAAGGGCGACACAGAUAAACGAAACUGGCGCGUUGCCAGAUGUGACGCCGCGGCCGCGGAGGGGGAGGUGCAGCCACAUCUUCCGCAAUUUCGGCCGCCUCACCUAGCUGGUGCCAAGCUGGAGCCUCAGCCGCUGUCUGACGGCAGCAAGCUCGUCCUCUCUGCCGACUGCGGAGGCACCACGACCAGGCUGAUGCUGUAUGAGGUGGACUGGAGCGAUCCCGUCCCGAAGCAGCAGAAGGCCCCAGGCAAGCUGAUCCGGGAGGAGAAGUACCCGAACAUCGCCUUUAAGUCUCUCCAGGACAUCAUCCGCACUUUCCUUUUCACGGAUUGCGCCCUUCCCGAGGGCUCCUACCCUACCGUGGCCGUUCUGGCAGUCGCCGGGGUGGUGCUGAACAAUGUGUUCAGCAUAGGUGGCGACAUCUACGACUCCAGUGGGGAGGAUGCAAAACGCCUUCCUCUGCCCUUCCUCCCGCCGACCAACAAGGUGUUCGACAUGUUCUUCUUUUGGGAGCUUUAUGACUACCUCGCAAAGCGGACACUGCGGCAAGACGUGCCGCUCGUGGCGGUGAGGAACAUGUCCUGCAAGCUCAUGAUCACCUUCGACGAACCGGACCCGCAGGACGUGAACUUUUUCGGGAGCAUCUCGAAGAAGUUCUGUUCCUGGAAGGACGUCCGGCGAGCUCUGCUGAGGGAGGGCCAUCCGACUCUCCGACUCACCACCAUCGAGAGGAUCUUCAUGACUCUGGAUGACGAUCGCAGCUGCAGGUUGGCGCAGGUCUGGUUCUGGUUCAUUCUGCUGGUCACGGUGGCGAACCUCGUACGCAUGGUGAAGCCGCAUUAUGUGCAAGGAAUCUGCGAUAUGGCGGACCUGGGCGACUGUACAAACUCUUUCCAGGUGAUGUGCCUCGUGGUCUUCAGCGUCGAUUACCUUGUUCGACUGGCUUGUGCCCCCUUUGUUAGACUCGAGCUUCUGAGCCCGCAGUUGGAGUACUUCAACCUCGACGACUUCGGCAGACGACCCUUCACCCGAAAGAGCCGCGUCAUGGAGUUCGUGAAAAAGUCGGACAACCUCGUGGACCUUGUGGCGAUCAUGCCCUACUGGCUCAAUAUCCUCGUGGGCCAGUUCUUGCCGUCCUCGUCCUUUUUGCGGAUCAUCCGCUUGGCCAGGCUCUUCCGCAUUGCCAAGUCGGCUCGAUAUCUGGACAUGCUGCAGGUCCUCGCCAUGACAUUGUGGAAGAGCACCAGCAUGGUGGCCAUCCUCUUUGUGCUCAUUCAGCUUGUGGCUCUAAUAGCCGGGUGCCUGCUUCAGGAGUUCGAAGAGAACGAUGGAGAGAUGGCCUUUGAUUCGGUGCUUAGCGCCUGGUACUGGAUCUUCUGCCGGCUCAUUGCGAUGAAAGACACUCCGUACCACAAAGGCAAGGUGACGACGGAUGGUGGAAUCGCCAUCCUUGCCAUCACACUCACCCUCAAGGGUGUGUUGUGGAUAGUUCCCAUUGCCCGCAUCAAGCAGAUCUUCGAAUCGGAAUACAGUGCUGUUGUUAAAGGGAGCAACUUGGAGAAGAAGGUGGUCAGCGACCUGCUGGGCCAGUUCAAUGACUCCGACAAGGACCACUUGGUCUCCGCCGCGCAUGGGAGUACCAACGCUCGGAUGGAGGUCGUGUUGGAGGCCGGCCGUGUGCAGGCAAACGUUCCUUUGCCCAUUCACCACAUCGAGAUCAAGGACAUUCCGGAGUUCGUGGUCGAAACAUCCUCGGAGCAGUUGGCGAACGUGAGCGCGAAGGUGUCCAUGCGCUGGGAGCCGGACCAGUCGAUGACCGACCACGACGAAGCCCUGCCCUUCGGCAAGCUCGCUUUGUCCGUCGUCUCCGUGGAUCCUCCAGCUCCCAUCAAGGAGGUGAACUGGGAGGUUCCUUGCGAUUUCUUCCGUCCAGAGCGGAAGACAGUGAGUUGGACAGCCAGCUCGCAGGCAAUGUGCAAGUUUGCCAUCAGCUGGAUGGGGAGGUACGUGGAGGACAAGCAGGCGAAAAAGAAGGAAGCCGAUGACGACGAGCACGGGACUUUGGAGUACGGGGAGUUCCAGGCGAAGGUCCUGUACCUUCUCAACCAGCAGAGCAUCACGCUACAGCGCCAGCGGAAGAAGCUCGAGAAGCAGCGCAAACACCUGGAUGGGCUUGAUGUGAACACGGGAAGCACAUGA